CUAGUUUGCAAAGCAUACAUGGGGAAAGGAGUUUAUCUAUCUGAUCACCAGUGUAACAGUCAGGGAUCAUUCGUUCUGCAGCCACUGAUUACUUACAGGAAUGGAUGACGCCACACCAGAGGAGGUCCUUGCUGAUUUCAAGGGAGACAGGCGUCUCGGGGGCUGGGGUGUCGCCCAGAUAGCUGCUGGCACCGGCCUCGCUGUCUAUGCUAUGUGGGUGGGAAUCCUCCAGCCAGGCUUUCGAAAAGUCCCCUUGAGGUUACAGGUUCCGUACCUUCCUGCCAGCAAGACCCAAGUCCAUAAUGUAAUGAGGCUGCUGAGGGGCCGACAGGGAGGCCUCGUGGAUUUGGGCUCUGGUGAUGGCCGCAUUGUCCUGGAGGCCCAUUGCCAGGGCUUCACUCCAGCUGUUGGCUAUGAGCUCAACCCCUGGCUUGUCCGCCUGGCCCAUUUCCAUGCAUGGAGAGCAGGACAUCACGGUAAAGUGUCGUACCGGAGGGAGGAUCUCUGGAAGGUCGACUUGAGCAAAUGCAAGAAUGUCACAGUGUUCCUGGCUCCCAGUGUGCUGCCGCUGCUGCAGGAGAAGUUGCAGGCUGAGCUUCCUGAUGACGCCCUAGUAGUCGCUGGCCGUUUUCCCUUCCCUGACUGGACACCUUGCAGGACUGAGGGACAUGGUGUAGACCGAGCCUGGGCCUACAGCAUGCAAGCCCAAAGGCAGUAUGCAUGCAAGAGGAAAGACAUGCUCUCACAGGAAACCUUGUCGGUGAAUUAACCAAGGGGAGAGGAAGCACUCAGGAAGAGUUUUACAGGAAAUUAGGAAUUAUACUUUGCAUGUGGCUUAAGGGUGCUAAGUGUCAUUCUAUCACAGACUGACCAAACUGCUGUAAAAUAGAUCAAGGUACGGACAGCCUACACAAGGAAAACCACCACUGGAGUUACUGUUUAAGUAGAAGAUUUAAUCACAUUUCCCCACAGUCAGUCACACCCAUCCUGAGGAUGCAGAGGGUAACAUGAGAGUGGCAGAUGGCAAGCACAAAGCAACAACUAAAUCUCAUGUAGCCAGAUAUCACCAUGCUGUGAUGAAAGCUAAGCCCAGAUGUGACUAUUCUUCACUGCCAACCCAAGCACAGUAAGCUCACAACACUGAGCCAAACACUGUUUCAGAGGUCAAAAGUUCAAUUGUUACAGUAGCUAAAGAAAGACACUUCAUCAUCAGCUUCUUAUCAUUAUCAUAAUAAGAGGAUUACCCCUGAGCUCCUGGACCUCCAAUCACAGUCUGAUGAUGAGUCUUUAAGACGACUGUCACACCACCUCCAGGAUCCCUGUUGAAGUGUAAAGAGAAGAAGGCCUCCUUCCUCAGUGGCUAUUCAUAGUCUCAAUAAAUGUUAUGGACCAUUAUGGACAUAUGGACUACUUAUACAUUUAAUAGGAUUUAUUUUAUCUCAGAGUGUUGAUAUUUUAACAAAGUUCAGUUAUUACUAGACUGUUCACCACAACUAUGCUACAUUUUAAUUAAACUGAAAGAAUUCUGAUUGAAUUGAUUUUAAUUUCAAACUUCAGGACAAUAAAAACUAGAAAACACAAAAGGAAAAGUAUCAGUCAAGGUUUUUUAGUCAUGCAGUGACUUCACUGGAACUCUUUAAACCACAUAGUGUAUGAAUGAGUAAGGGUCCCCCAGGCAACACCAAGGGUCCAUCAUACCUUUACUUUAUAGCCCCCAGGAGUAGAAUACGCCUUCAAAUUUGGAAUCAUCUGCUGUUGUUUUUACUGUGUUGAAAAGCUCAAUUAUGUUUUGUUUUUGUUUUGUUUUUGUUUUCUGAAAAUGUGCUGGCACUACUUGCACCAUUCAAGUGUCUCUACUCUGACCUUUUAUUAGGGGGGCUUCAACAAAAUGUUAUGGGAAAUGUGUCUUUGUUUUCUGAUAAUCUUUGUCUGGUGUUCCCCAGGGUCUGAUUCUAGGUCCCUUACUCUUCUCUAUCCAUAUGCUUCCUUUUAGUUAUAUAAUUUGCAGACACAAUAUAUCCUUAUAUAAAAUCCAUCAGCCUAACCACCGUCAAAGAUUGUCCUUCAGGGUAGAAUGUCCCAACAUUCCCUCCUGCUUAAUGGCAAAGUGAGUUUGUAAGAUUUGGCCCUCCCAUUUCUAGUGAUCAGAUGCAGCCUCACUUUGGUAGUCUCUCUUCAGCCUCCUGCAAGAAACCAGCAAGGAAUGAUAUGUGAUGCGAACACCGUUUUAAUGAUCAAAUUAUUAAAGCUGUAGCCUCCUCUGCCUUAACUCAAGAUGAAGUGACAACAUCAUAUUGUAAAGAAAUGUUUGCAAAUGUAACAGCCAUAAUCACCUUCAUAAUCACAUCCAUUAUUUAUGUUUUUUUCUUGUUGCAUUGUUUUGGCAACUCAUUGUAAGGCAAAGUUCUGUUGUUUUUACAUGAAUAACUUUUACCUAAAAUGUGACCUGUUAUUAACCCAAGGUUGCAAAUCACCAUGGAUUUACAUAUAGGUCUUUUACAAAUUAGUAGGCCUGUAUGAAUUACAUACUUGUAAAUGAAAAUGUUCUGGAUGCUCAGUCCUUGAAAUCAUUUAAUUGUUAUGAUUCAGCUUAUAGCAUAUUUAACAUAUUUGAACUGCAUAAUACAUUAAAGAUGUGACAACUCUGA